CCCUUCCUGAGGAAUUAGCUCCAAAACACCAAGCUCCACACACACACACACACCCUUCUCUCUCUCUCUCCCUCUCUCUCUCCCCCCGUGGGAACCUUCGCUUCUCUGUCUGCAUUGCUGUGUUUGCCUGGAAGGGAGUCCUCUCGCAACUGGCCGAGAUGUGGCAGAAGCCUCUGGCUCUGAUGGGAUUUUGCUUUGCCGUGGUCGCCAGAUCUUUGCCUCUCACAGAUGCUGGACCACAUGUCAACUACGGCUGGGGGGAGCCUGUAAGAUUAAGGCAUCUCUACACCGCCGGCAGGCACGGGAACUUCAGGUUUUUCCUGCGGAUUAACGGCGAUGGCCGAGUGGACGGCACCGGCACCCAAAGUCUGCACAGUUUGCUAGAGAUCAGAGCCGUGUCGGUUCGCACGGUGGCGAUCAAGGGUGUGCACAGCUCUCGCUACCUUUGCAUGGAAGAGGAAGGGAGGCUGCACGGGCUUCUCAUAUAUUCUACAGAGGAUUGUUCUUUUGAAGAGGAGAUUCGUCCAGAUGGCUACAAUGUCUACAAGUCAAAAAAAUAUGGUGUUUCAGUCUCCUUAAGUAGUGCCAAACAAAGACAACAAUUUAAAGGGAAAGAUUUUCUUCCACUGUCUCAUUUCUUGCCUAUGAUCAACACUAUCCCAGUAGAGUCUACAGAUUUUGGAGAAUAUGGUGAUGUUAGACCACCUCAAGAAUCUGGUAUUUUCAAUUUGCCUGUUGAAACUGAUAGCACGGACCCCUUUGGCAUCACUUCAGAUGUAUCAUCAGUGCAAAGUCCUAGCUUUGGUAAAUAACCAGGGCUCUUUUGCUUUAGUUUUGCUUUCUCUCACACACACAACAACAAAACCAACGUCUAUGGUAGUGAAUCUGGCAGUAAUAUCUGAAAUACAGGAAUGUCUUUAGCCGUAGUACUGCCCUUGUGCAUCAAAUGAACAAUUACUGUAAAUUACUAACAGCACAAAAGCUACGUUCACAAAUACUUCCUAACAAUUCUACAAAAAAAAAAAAAAAACACGAAACCCCCACCAACCCUAGAAUGGUAUUUUAAAAACCUUCUCCUAAGAAAAGUUGUUUAAUUCAGGAAUGACAAAUAUGCAUAUUGUGCAGGCAUUUCUUCUGCCUUGGAGAUGUCUGAAAGGAUAAGAUGAUGAAUAUUUUACUUUACUACUUCAUUGUUUUAUAAUUCACCUCUUGCGUCCUGAUGACAAUAGCACCAAGCGAGGAAUAACUUAUUUUCUUUAAUGUGAUUCAAUUCAUCGAUGCAUAAGAAACAAAACUAGCACAACCAACUAAGGAAACACACACAAGCCACAGAAAUGAUUUAUUCAUUUAUUCCCAUAAAUCUCUGCAAGUAUUUGAGGAAUAUUAACCAUGGAUAGGCAAUUUCUACCCCGAGGUUAUCUGAUAUAGAGAUAAAAUUGGCCAUUUGGUCCUAGUGAAUGAGAUAAACUUAUUUUUUCAGUGAUCUAAUAUCUGGUGCUAGGGUUGCCAGCCUCCCAAGUGGGGCCUGGAGAUCUCCUGCUUUUACAAUUGAUCUCCACCUGGCAAAGAUCAGCUUCCCUGGAUAAAAUGGCUGCUUGGAAGGGUGGACUCUAUGGCAUGUACCAUGCUGAGGCUCCUCCCCCUCCCCUCCCCAAACCCCACCCUCUCCUGGAUCCAAUCCCAAAGUCUCCCAAGUAUUUUCAAACACAGACCUAACAACCCUAUCUGGUGCUAAAAGAGUAACCAGUUUUUUUAAUUUUCACUAGGUUCUUCAUUGUAUAAAACAGAAAGUAACUUUUAAUUUCUUAUACUGAAAAAAGCCAUAUUGACAGUGCUUUCCUAAGCAGCUCUACUCAGAAUCCUACUCAGGUCUAUUCAGUGAGGAUGAUUCCCAAAAAAUGUUGUUAGAAUUGUACUGUUACAGAUGCAAAUAUCUGAAGCCCUAAAUUUCUGGAAGAGUAUUGGCUGCUGUCCAUCUGGAAUUACCAAAUACAGAUGAACAUGUAACCAGUUAUCUUUUAUUGUGCUAUGUAGAGGAAGAAAAACAAGAUGUCUUUUGUGGCUGAUAAAGAAUUUUAUAUAACUUAAAACUUGCAUAUUCCUUUAGAAACCUAAUUUGAUCAAACGAAAUCCACCUUAUUUGUUUUGUUUUGUACAAUCUUUCUACAUAAGUAGUGAUUUAAAAAUAUAUAUUAUGAAGAAGUUACGGUUAUGCUUUGGCAAGACUUUUGAUCAAGGCCACUGGUGUUAACACUAUGAAUAUGACCAGUUGAGGAAUAUGGCAAACUGCCUGAAUCCUUGCCUUGGGAAAGUCAGUUGCUGGCACUGUUUUAAAUCAUUGUGGAUUUGCAUACCAUUGGAUAAUACAAUGCAGUAAGUAACAUUUUUUUUAACUUUGUAUAUAAACACCUUUAAACUAGCUGAAGGAAAAGUUAGAAGAGUCAUCUUCCAUAGAGUUUGCCAACUGGCCUGGAGGGGGGGGGGGAACUAUUCCUUUAAUAGAGGCUUAACGGGUGGAAAUGGGCAACUGAAGCUUUUAUGGCAUGAAGGUAAAUAAUAUCACCUAGAUAAUAGCAUUCAAAUAAGCCUCUUUGAAAGAGCCUUUUUUCUCACUAGGCAGUUGAUAACCCUAAUCUUGAGAUACUACAUUUUCCCAAAGAUUCUUGUAUAAAGUACUAUUGUUAUGUACAGAAAACUAAAAAAAAAAAUUAUUUUCUUGACUCAGCACUUCAUUGUCAAUGCUAUAUUUAUGUAAUUUAUUAAACACAUAUAUCUGUUUA